AGUAUUUGCUGCUGGUGAACUCUCAUGACCGGAAGUGCUUGGUGCAUGCGUUUCCGCCACCGGUAACAUGGCGGCCUCCGCAGGAAAACUUCAGUCUCUUUCUAAAGCUGAAUAUCUGAAACGUUAUCUGGAGUCUGAUGGCAACCAGAAAGGAGACGACGUGGCCCCAAAAAAGAAGAAAAAGAAGAGGAAGCCAGAGGGGAAGGGUUUGCGUAUAGUGGAUGACGAUGCAGAUGAUUGGAAGAGGGUGCCCACCAAGGCGGAAGAGGUCUUGGAAGAUGAUGAUGAACCAGUGGUGGCAGAGUUUGUAGACGAGCGUCCAGUGGAUGUAAAACGAAUGGAAGAAUUCAGGACUAGCAAUAAAUGGAAAGUGAUCCAAGCAGACGAAUCAUCUGGAUUAGAGAAAGAAGAUCCCGAAUCAAGGGGCAGACCUGAGAUAACCACAUCACCAACGAGGACCUGCAACAACUCCCCUUUGGUUUCAGAUUCACGUCCAUCUCAGAAGGGGAGACGCGACUCUGACUGUUCUCCUCCAAGGGGAAGGCAUGAUUCUCCAGAUUCUUCCCCUCCUCGCAAGGGCAGACACGACUCCCCAGACCUUUCCCCUCCUCGCAAGGGCAGACACGACUCCCCAGACCUUUCCCCUCCUCGCAAGGGAAGGAGUGGGUCUCAUCCUCACAAGGACAGACACAGGUCUCCAAAUAAUUUACCAUCUCGCAGAGGGAAACAUGACUCUUCUAAAAGCAAGAAAAAUCACUCACCAGGCCUCUCGUCCUCUCACAAGAACAGACGUGACUCUCCAGACCUUUCACCUGCACGAAAAACACAGCAAAAGCGGGAUUCUGAUUCCGACUUAUCUCCCCCAAGGCAUACCCAAAGGAGAAGAAAUGCUUCGGAUUCAGACCUUUCACCUCCGCGUAGUUCUCGAAGGAAGGAUUCAGACUCUGAUCUGUCCCCGCCGCGACGCAGGAAUGGUGCAGUAGCAGGUCCAGUGGUUUUGUCCUCCAAGAAAGACGCAAAAUCCGGGAUGCUUUCUGGUGGGCAAGCUGGCCUAAUAUCUGCUGAGGUUCUAAGGGAGGAGAAGGAGCAGCUAAGGAAAGCACAAAAGGACAAUAAGCACCUGGAAGAUGAUUCCAUGAAGGCCGAAACAGUUUUUCGAGAUAAAUCUGGUAAACGAAGAGAUUUAAAAGCAGAACGUGAAGAGCAACAUAAGAAACAGGCCCUUCAGGACAAGAAGGAGAAACAGUAUGCCGAGUGGGGCAAAGGCCUUGCACAAAAAGAGAAGCAGCAGCAGAACUUGGAGGAGGCUGCUCGAGAGAUUGAAAAGCCUCUGGCAAGAUAUGCUGAUGAUGCUGACCUCGACCAGAUGUUGCGAGAAAGAGAGAGAGAAGGAGACCCAAUGGCUAAAUUCUUACAGAAGAAGAAAGAAAAAGAGAACACUGGGAAGAAUGAACGCCCACGUUAUAAGGGAACAAACCCUCCACCGAAUAGGUAUAACAUAUGGCCUGGAUACCGCUGGGAUGGUGUAGAUAGGUCCAAUGGCUUUGAGAAACAAUAUUUUGCACGCCAGUCAGACAGUAAGUCUAUGCAGGAGGCCGCAUACAAAUGGAGUGUCGAGGACAUGUGAAUAUCGACAGUGUUUCUACAGAAUAAGAGCCAUCCAAUCUUUACUCUCAAGCAGACACAACAAUAUCUGUAUAUAAAUGGUUACACUUCGACAGCUUCGCCUCAGACCCAUCACAUAUUUGUCCGCUAUGUUGCUCAAUGUCUUGAUCUGUUUUACCCGUGAUGAAUAAAGUUCCUAUAAGAGAGAGUAUAGAUGCUGCAGUCCAUCAAUGCUGCACUAUUUUUUUAUAUUUUUUACUCGGGGUGGAGCAGGUGUUGUGUGAAGUCUGAGCUAUAUACCCUAUGGGUAUGUACAGCGAUGUAUAUCUUACAUUACACAUUGCUUCACUGACUUCUCUUGGCUGUAAGUAGUGCUACUCUAUUACAAAUGCCUCUAUAUAUAUAUAAUUUUUUUGAAUAUUUGAGAUCCAUAACAAUGAUUGUGUUUAUUUGAUUGGAUCCUGGACUGUAUUAUAUUAAAUGCCUCCUUUUUAAAUAA